GAAAACAAUGAAUUGCAACCUCUUUUGCAAGCUCUACAAGAAAGGUAUGAAGAGUGGCCAGAACACCAGCAAGCAACUGCCCGGGAAAAAUUAAACAGCAUCAUUAAUACCUCAACAACGGUCUUGCAGAAUCCUCAAGUUGUUCGUACUAGAGGAAGACCUCCUGGUUCCUCUAAUCGCAGAACAGAUAAUUCAACCAGAAGAGAUCCUUCUGGGUUUGAAUUAAUGGAACGUAGA